UUGAUAUCAAACUAAAACUACAUUUAUAGUUCUCAAGACAUAGUUGCUGAAUUAUGGUAUGCUUCCAGUGAAGUACGCAUUGGUUAAAUGGCUUCUUCGUCACGGUCUCUUCAGCUGCCACUUAAUGGAGAUCAGGGAAACACAAUGCUACAUGCAUUAGAGGCAGAAAGGCAUCGUAGGAAUGCCCGACAAAGAGAAAGGCGACGGUCAUUAAAUUCCUCACAACGAGCUGAGUGUUCAGCCCGAAGACGCGCCAAUUAUCAAAUGCGGCGAACUAUGGAAAAUAUAAGUAACAAUGGAAAUCAAGUGGAAGCAAGGGAGGGAAGUAGUCUCGAUCCUAUUCAUCCAAACAAUAGGCCACGUAGUAAUGUUACUGCGCAAGCACGUGGUAGAGGUCGCGGACGCAGGCACGGGCGCGGAACUCAUAAUUGUGCUAGAAAUUUUAAUGAGGCCAUCGGAGUCACAAAAUUUCAGUUGCCAGCAUCGACGACAUGUCCACAUUGUCAUGCCUGUUUAUUCUAUCACGAAAGUAGAGACAUGUGUUGCUCCAAUGGAAAGAUUGUCUUGCCUCCCAUACAUUCUCCUCCAGAUAUGAUAGAGCUAUUCUCCUCUGAAUCUCCACAAGGAGCACAUUUUAGGCAAAACAUUCGAGCCUACAACCAUGUAUUUUCAUUCACAUCAAUGGGUGUGCAUGUCGAUGAAAGUCUUGCAACCGGGGGUGGUACUUUCACAUUUCGUGCUCAGGGAUCCAUAUAUCAUAAGAUAGGAAGUCUUUUACCAAAUGUCAAUGAUAGACCAAGAUAUCUACAAUUGUAUAUAUAUGAUACUGACCAUGAAGUGGACAAUCGUAUGCUGGAGAAUGCAGCAUUACAUAGAGAUGUGGUUGAAAAAAUACAGAGAAUUUUGAAUCAACAUAACCCAUUUGUGCAAACAUUUCAUCACCUAGCUCAGCGUCCGGAUUUGCAAAAUUGCAGACUCAUCAUUAGAGAGCAAGCUGCAAACCAACAUCAGUACAGUUUGCCUUCAGCAUCCCAGGUUGCUGCAAUAAUAGUGGGUACAAAUGAUGUGGAAAAUCUGACAGGUCGUGAUAUUGUUGUGCAAACAAAGCAAGGCCAGCUUCUAAAUAUUCGAGAUUGUGUUGGGUACUAUGAUCCCUUACAAUAUCCAUUAUUGUUCCCAUAUGGAACAUAUGGAUGGGAUGUGAAUAGUAGGAAUAAUAAUGGUCAAAAAUUGACGUGUCGUGACUAUUAUGCGUAUAUUUUGCAGAUCCGUCAAUAUGAUGAUUCACUUUUACUCCGAGGGGGCCGUCUAUUGCAACAAUAUGUCGUGGAUAAUUACAUCAAAAUUGAAACACAAAAGUUGAGAUGGAUUCGCAGCAAUCAAAGUACUCUUCGACGUGAGUUGUAUGACGGACUACAUGACUCACUUAAUGCUGGUGAAAAUAAUGCAGGUAACAUUGGUCGCAAGACUAUUUUACCAUCAUCUUUUAUUGGAAGUCCACGUGAUAUGCACCAAAGAUAUCAGGAUGCAAUGGCUUUGGUCCAAAAAUAUGGAAAACCGGAUAUUUUUCUCACAAUGACAUGUAAUCCAAAUUGGGAAGAAAUAACUGCAGAGUUAUUACCUGGUCAAGUGGCACAAGAUCGUCCGGAUCUAACUACUCGAAUUUUUCGUGCCAAAUUUGAAGAGUUAAAGAAUGAUGUUAUUAAAAAAGGAGUCUUGGGUACUAUUGUUGCAUACGUAUAUGUCAUCGAGUUUCAAAAACGUGGUCUCCCACAUGUUCAUAUGCUUCUCAUGUUGAGUGUCGAUGAUAAACUAAACAACCCAGAUGAUUAUGACCACAUUGUUCGGGCUGAAAUUCCAAAUCAAAAUGAAGAGCCAGAGUUAUACAAUGCAGUGUUGGGGCACAUGAUACACGGUCCAUGUGGGGUACAUAGGCGAACUGCUCCAUGUAUGAAGCGUGGGAGCUGCAAACGAGGCUAUCCAAAGCCAUUUUCAGUAACCACAUUUCAAGGAAAUGAUUCUUAUCCUGUUUAUCGUAGACGAGAUAAUCAAUCAGAUAUGCAAUCUAAUGGCAAUCAAAAUAGACCACUGGAUAAUAGUUGGGUUAUCCCCUAUAAUCCAUGGUUACUCACAAAAUAUGAUUGUCAUAUCAAUGUGGAAAUUUGUUGCAGCAUUAAGAGCGUCAAGUAUUUGUAUAAAUAUGUCUACAAAGGUCCAGACAGAGUAACAUUUGAAGUUCGACCUGAAGCAAAUCAAGAUGAAAUAAGAAACUUUGUUGAUGCAAGAUGGGUUUGUGCACCAGAAGCUUUGUGGAGGAUGUUUAAAUUCGUGAUGAAUCGAAUGUAUCCAUCAGUGGAACGAUUGCAAAUUCAUCUUCCAAAUCGACACAAUGUUUUCUUUAAUGCCACUGAAAGUGUAACAGCAAUUCUGGCAAAUGAAAGAAGCUCGAUGACAAUGCUCACAGAAUUUUUUACUAAGAAUGCUUAUUUUGAAAGUGCACGUCAAUACUUAUAUCGAGAGUUUCCUGAGCAUUACAAAUGGGAUGGGAGACAUAAAACAUGGGAAGCAAGGGAGUCCAACCAAAAAGUCAUUGGAAGAAUUUACACAGUGUCACCUUCAGAAGGAGAAAAGUUUUACUUGCGUGUUCUUCUUAAUCAUGUUCGAGGACCUAAGUCAUUUGAGGAUUUAAGGACAGUUGAUGGGGUCUUACAACCGACAUUCAAGAAAGCAGUUGAAGAACGUGGUUUGUUAGAAGAUGACGAAACACAGUAA